UCCCUGCUUGUUUAGUUCGUACACUUAGAUCUCAAAGAGAAACUGUGAUAGAUAUUCGCACAAAGGUCGAUCGACGAAGACUAUAUAUGGCAAUGAUCCUUAAAACAACUCUUCUCCUUGGUUUGUUCGUUCUGUCAGCAUUCCCAUUGGUUACCGAAAGCCAUGUCGCCCGGAAAGACUUGGGCAUCGACUUAGGCGGUGGAGGAGGAGCUGGAAUUGGAGUCGGGGCGGGUGUGGGCAUCGGAUUGGGUGGUGGCAGUGGGUCGCGUUCUGGGGCUGGUUCAGGCUCGGGAUCAGGAUCAGGAUCAGGAUCAGGUGGGAGGUCUGGCUCAAGCUCUAGCUCAAGUUCGAGUUCGAGUUCGAGUUCGAGCUCUAGCUCAGGCUCCAAUGGUGGUCAUGCUGGCUCAGAAGCAGGCUCAUCUGCGGGGUCCCAAGCUGGCUCUGGGUCGGGAGGGUCUGGCUCAGAGGCCGGCUCAUCGGCUGGGUCACGAGCAAGGUCUCGAGCUGGAGGGGGUGCCCAUGACUGAAGGGCUAAUGUAAUCCUAAAAUAAAAUUGAAUGGAAGAAGAAACAGUUUCUAGUUUCGAGUUUGCUAGAAUUUCUUCUUUUAUAUAUAUAUAUGUAUAUUAAUAUAUUGGUGUAUGUAUGCGUAAUAAACCUAAUGAGUAGGUCUAUAUAUAUAUACGUAGAUUAGUCGAGGGAAAAUAAAAUAAUAAAAGGCAAUGGAGCUUCCUUGUAACGCAUGCAUGCAUGCACUUUCUGGCUAAAUUUACAUAUGGUGUUUAAUUA